AUAUAACAGUAAAUACAAAAGAAGUAAUAAUUGACGUGAAAUAAUAAUAUAAGCAAGCGAACGAGACAACCACUAAGCGCUAAGGAAAUUUAAAAAUAAAGACCACGGAGAGAAUGUAAUAAUAUUAUAAUAAUACCCCACGCCAGUCCCACAUGGCCACUUCCCCGAAUUUAAAAAGGCGGUAAAUAUAGAACAGUGAAUAGGUAUUGACCGAGAAAACGAGGUUGCGCAAGUCUUCUCAUCUUCGCGAACAAAGGAAAAGGAAGAAAAUGGGUAGGUAAGGGUGUCCUAAACAAACAGAAACCACUGGAAAAUACGUGAAAGUGAAGAAUAAACAAGGAAAGAAAGAAGAGAAAUUAAAAGAUGGAGAACCGAAAACCAAACUUACCAUUGUUGCUGUUGGGAGUGAUUUUCUGGUGAUUCAGUGAUUUCUGUGUUUUUAUAGUCACUUGUGCUUGAUUUCUAUGUUUGUUGGUUGCCGGAUUAGGCUCUCUCACUCUUAAUUUUCUGUAUCGACUGUUUCGUGUAUGGUUGUGGCGUCGGAAGAGGAACGUCUGCAUACGGAUUGAGGACAAGGAGAUAUUAUCGACAUGGAACAACAAUCUGCAGAAGUCGAUGAACAAUUUCUAAAUGUGAUAUAGAAAUUAGAGAACAUGGCUAUAUUAUCAGGAACCUGACGUAUGUUUAAAGAACAUCAGAGCAAAGGCUAGAAAAUCAGCCGUCUACAAGGGGCAAAACUCAAGAAUUGCUGAAACUGAAGUUUUAUAUACAUGAAUUCUGUUGUCGGAAGCUUGGUCUACGUUAAGGUGAGGAGAGUCACGGAAAUUUUUCCUCCAAGGUUGAGGAAACUAUGGAAGAACUGGGAGCUGCGCGCCAUGGUUUUAACCAGCCUCAGCUUACAGAUAAUUCUUAUCUCUUUGGGCAACCGCAGGAAACACAAUAGUAGGAUUUGGAUCAGGAUUGUUUUGUGGUGUGCCUAUUUAAUGGCAGAUUGGAUAGCAACUGUUGCCCUUGGUGUCAUUUUGGACAAUCUUGGAAAUGUAGUCGAAGAAAUUGGGAAAGAUGGAAGACUUGAUCCAGACGUUGAGUUAACUGCAUUUUGGGCACCAUUUCUUCUGUUGCACUUAGGAGGCCCUGACACCAUUACAGCUUAUUCCUUGGAAGACAACGAGCUGUGGUUGAGGCACCUUCUUGGAUUGGGAGUAGAAACAGGAGUGGCGCUAUACAUUUUCAUUAUGGCUUGGACAGGUUCUCGGUUCUCUAUUCUGUCCAUUCCGAUGUUAUGUGCAGGAAUGAUCAAAUACGGGGAGAGAACAUGGGCUCUUAGGUCUGCAAGCAAUGAAGAGUUCAGAGCCUCCAUGGUCACUCCUGCUGACCCUGGUCCCAAUUAUGCCAAAUUUAUGCAGGAGUACUCCUUAAAACAGUAUGAAGGGUUCCAGGUAAUAGCUGAGGAGAUUAAUGAGGUCCACGUUCCUGUGGAUGAUUCUUCUAUCCAAAAUGCACCACAGCUGCGUAGAGCAUAUGACUUCUUGCAAGUUUUCAAGCGUCUUUUUGUAGAUCUCAUCCUUGGUGUUGACGAUCUGGAACGUAGUCGAUCCUUUUUUUCCAAACUGGAUACGGAUACGGAUACGGGAACGAGAACCAAAAAAGCUUUCGAGUUGAUAGAAAUGGAACUUGGCUUCGUGUAUGACAUGCUCUAUACCAAAGCACGAUUGCUGCAUUCACGAGGAGGAUGGAUUCUCCGGUUCAUCAGUUUUUCCUGCACUUGUGCUGUGCUGGUUUCAUUCUCACUGGCUGACCACAAACAGUGCUCAAUUGUUAAUUUGAUCAUCACAUACCUGCUAUCGUGUGCUGCUAUUCUUUUAGAGGUGUAUGCAGUACUCUUACUGCUCUCCUCUGACUGGACUGAUCUUUGGUGUCACGAGCAGCCGACUUGUCAAAAACUCAUCUCUCCUUUCCAGCUGCCAAAACCUCCAAGGUGGUCAAAUUCCAUGGCGCAGUUUAGCGCAUUGAGCUUUUACUUUAAAGACAAACCCAUGAUCUGUGGUGGAAUUCUGAAGAUCCCUUGCCUUGAUAAGGUGCUAGAAAAAUAUCACUACACAGAGUAUAUGACAGUAUCUGAUGAUUUGAAAAAACUGAUUUUUGACCAUCUCAAAGGGAUUUCUAAGGAUUCAUCAAAAGUUGCAACAGAUAUCAGAGACAUCAUAUCCCGCCGAGGAAGCCGGGUACUAGGAGAGUAUGCUGCACUUGAAUGGAGUGUUAAGGUUGAUUUUGAUCAGAGCAUUCUUAUCUGGCAUAUUGCUACAUAUCUCUGUCACAUGGAGGAUCAUGCAGAAACUCGACAAAUUCCAGGAAAGGAGUGCGGCGGAUCGAGCAUAAGGUUGGAUCAUCCAGAAACUCGAGAAACUCCAGAAAAGAAGUAUGGCGAAUCGAGCAUAAGGUUGGAUCAUCCAGAAACUCGAGAAACUCCAGAAACUCCAGAAAAGAAGUAUGGCGAAUCGAGCAUAAGGUUGGAUCAUCCACAAACUCAAGAAACUCCAGAAAAGAAAUACGAAGAAUUGAGCAUAAUGUUAUCGCAGUAUAUGUUAUAUCUCCUAGUCAUGCGUCCUUUUAUGUUGCCAGUGGGAAUUGGAAUGAUCAGAUUCCUAGAUACUCAAGCUGAGCUCAUUAGAUUCUUUGAAGAAUACAAGUCCACCUCUGAUGGCAAUACUACAUCUCAGAGUGGGGGAAGUAAAAAUAUUUGCUCAUGGGUUAAUGAAUGGUGUUUCAACACCACAAAAAAGUUCAAUGGAGAUGAAUCCAAAGCCUGUAAGAUGUUGAUGAAAGUGAAUACUAUAGUUGAACCCAUUAAAGUGAAAGGGGACAGAAGCAAAUCGGUGUUGUUUGAAGGGUGUAGGCUUGCAUCACAGUUGCAGGAAGUUAAGGAGAAAAAAUGGGAAAUAAUUAGUAAUGUGUGGGUGGAGAUGCUGGCUUAUGCUGCAAGCCAGUGCAGAGGGAGUUAUCAUGCUCAGCAGUUGAGAAGGGGCGGGGAAUUUCUUUCCCAUGUCUGGCUUCUGAUGGCACAUCUUGGUUUAACUGAACAGUUCCAAAUAUCACAGGGUCACGCAAGAGUUAAACUUGUAGUGGAAUAAACAGGAUGCUAAUAUAACAAACAUUAGUAUGGAUCGAACUUGAGAUUUUUUUUUUUUUUUUGGUUGGUGAAUCCAGUUGUACUUCAGAUGCACAAGAAGUUAGAGCAAUUAUUAUUUUUAGUUGUCAUCAAUUUUUCAUCAUUGUCUCUCCAUUUUAGUUUCAUUUUGUUGAGAGUGAUAUUUUUGCUGCAGUCAUUUAGUUCGGUUGUAUGUUCAUUUAGUUUGUUCGAUGUUAGUUUAUGAAACUAUGUUGCUGGAUUGUAACGAUGUGUCUUUGUUAAAUAUCUUAUAUCUGAUGUAUCAGGUAGCCAAGAUACGGCUUUA